AACCAGAGGAGAGAGAACCAGGAAGCCGAGCAGCGGAGCAGCGGAGCAGCGGAGAGUCUCUGUCCCGGUCCCACGGCUCCACGGCGGCCACACGGCAGCAGCGACACGGUGUCACCCACCCGGGAGUUCAGGUCCAGUGUUGAGAGUCCACACGAAGCGCAGCCAUGGCCUCGCUUUUCAAGAAGAAGACUGUCGACGACAUCAUCAAGGAACAGUCGAAAGAGUUGCGUGGCACUCAGAGACAGAUCACCAGAGACAGAGCGGCGCUGGAGAAACAAGAGAAACAAAUGGAGGCAGAGAUCAAGAAAAUGGCAAAGACCGGGAACAAGGAAGCGUGUAAGAUCCUCGCCAAGCAGCUGGUCCAGCUGAGGAAGCAGAAAAACCGAACGUACGCCGUCAGCUCUAAGGUCACCUCCAUGUCGACGCAGACCAAGGUCAUGAACUCUCAAAUGAAGAUGGCCGGUGCCAUGUCCAGCACAGCCAAGACAAUGCAAGCGGUGAACAAAAAGAUGGAUCCUCAGAAGACCCUUCAGACUAUGCAGGAUUUCCAGAAGGAGAACAUGAAGAUGGACAUGACGGAAGAGAUGAUCAACGACACUCUGGAUGAGAUCUUUGAUGAUUCUGGGGAUGAGGAAGAGUCUCAGGACAUUGUCAACCAGGUUCUGGAUGAGAUCGGCAUUGAGAUCUCAGGAAAGAUGGUAAGAGCUCCAGCUGCAGGAAAGAGUCUCCCCAGCGCCGCCGCUGCCAAGAAAUCCACCAUCUCCGACGACGAGAUCGAGCGACAGCUCCGAGCGCUGGGAGUGGACUAAUUGCUGUCUUUGUUUUAAUGUUCACACCAUAAACCUGUGCAACAUUAAUACCAAUGUAUACAGACUGUCAGACAUUUUGGUUUUGUCCUGAUUUAAAUGGUACAGGUGUAACAGAGGGUGCACACUAACAAACACACACACACAAACACAAUCAUAUUCUCACAUUCUUGGACAGGUUGCCUUAUAGAUCAUGAAGGCAGAACAUCUGAUCUAUUUAAAAUAAUAUUUAUUCUGACGUCAGACCGGCGUCAUUCUGAAGGUGGACUAAGAACAGAUGCUUAACCUGAAGAACGACUCACUGUUGUUUACCAUCAACCUCUGUCUUCAUAAAGGGCUGCAGUCUAUAUGCUUAAUAUUUAGCUUUUUCCAUUUGACAUCUUGGUCAAACUUGAGUAAGUCAGAGAUCAGCCUCUACCUGAUUAAAGACCCAGAUCUCCCAAAUUACCUGCUAACUCUGCUUUGAUUGGUUGAUUUGAUUUCUCUCUGAGGUGAACUGUCUUUGUUCAAGAAUUCUCUGGAAAAGUUAUUUUGUGGGUAUAAAGACUGUUACUGUUCAUAAUGGGUAAUCUAAGACAAGACUAACUGACUCCAUGUACAGAAAACAAACUGGUCAAGUAGAUCAUGAUGUUUAUUUAAAUCUAUGCAUAUGGCAGAUGUUCAUGUGAAGCGUGUGACAGACUGAUGCCUUCAGGCGAUGAUAACACCUUUUAUUUGCAUCAGAUGAAGAGACAGAUUGAUCCGAUAGCAAACUGGCUAGCAUCUAAUUAGCGCUGCCGAAGUUGCAAUGUUGUACAGAUUGUGAGACAAAACUUAAGCAAACACAAAUUGGGACUAAUGCAAGACUUUCUAUCAAAGAGUGAAUCGAUUGUUUGAUGCUACUGAUUAAUCGCGUUUAUUUUUUUUGGGGGGGGGCUUAUGGGUUGAUGCUUGCUGUCUGAUUGUAUAUCUUAUAUCAGACUUGGGAUUUACACAGUGAUUGUAGGAUGGCACUGGUCCUGCAGUCGCUCUUCUCUUUCAGCUGCUGUGCAGUUACUGUCAUUUGUUAUUCGAAGCUGCCUCAGUCACACAUACAACUAAAUAAUGAAGGUGUUUGUUAAUAUUACACUGUGAUCCAAGAGAGGUUUUUCUCCUCUUCACAGCUGAAGCAGAUUCCUCUAUACACUGAUUUCAUUUCAGCUUCAGGCUUUGAGUGACGAAGACACCUCAUAUUUACGUAGUCUCUCUCUCUCAUUGCCAAAACAAAUCUAAAAAAUAUGUUAAUUCUUGCAUGUUUCCCACAUGUUCAAGUCACAUCUUCUUUUUGUAAAUUAUUCUCCUCCCCCUUCCAAUAGUCUUCUUAUGAGUGGAAACUGUUUUAACAGAUUUUGACAUUGAGUGUGAUUUCAAAAUUCCCAGUUUCCAAAACAACAUAUGUUCUGUAUGUAUACUCAUCUCUGUUUCCUUCUUUGUCAUUGUAAAUUGACUCUGUAAAGGGUUUAUGGCUUUUAUAAUGAAUAAAGUUUCUUCAGGUA